UUUGCUUUCCAGCACUUAAAUAACACCUUAGAAGGCUGAAGUAAUUAAAUACUUGCAGUCAGCUCAGGAGGUUGAAAACGAUGCCCGUACUAUCCCCGGACCGGCCCCGCUCUCCGCGCCCGCCCCGCAGCGUCGCGGCCCCGCCCCGCAUAACGGGGCGCGUCCAGCUGCCCGGGAUUGCCUGCUGCUCCCGGCUCCGGGCUGCGGACCAUGGCCCUGCAAGGGGCCGCGGCGGCUGAGGAGCUCGUCUUCUAUGUCAAUGGGAGGAAGAUAAUAGAGAAAAAUGCUGAUCCUGAACAAAUGCUCUUGGCUUAUCUGCGAAAGAGGCUCUGUCUUACAGGAACUAAGUAUGGCUGUGGAGGAGGUGGCUGUGGUGCUUGCACAGUGAUGAUAUCAAUUUAUGAACCAGCUUCAAAGAAGAUACGACACUAUUCAGCCAAUGCAUGUUUGCUUCCUAUUUGCUCCUUGUACGGUGCAGCAGUGACUACAGUGGAAGGUGUUGGAAGUACAAAAAGCAGGAUUCAUCCAGUUCAGGAAAGACUUGCCAAGUGUCAUGGCUCCCAGUGCGGUUUCUGCACACCUGGAAUGGUGAUGUCCAUAUACACUUUGUUAAGAAACCACCCAGAACCAACUUCAGAGCAGAUGAUUGCAGCUCUGGCUGGGAACUUGUGCCGCUGUACUGGAUACAGGCCAAUCCUAGAUGCCUGUAAAACCUUCUGUAAGGAAUCCAUCUGUUGUCAAAGGAAAACAAAUGGAAAAUGUUGCUUGGAUCAAGAAGAUGAUUUGUUUGACAAUGAAGAGGAGGUGCCCACCAGCCUGUUUUCAACAGAUGAAUUCCAGCCCUUAGAUCCCACCCAGGAGCUUAUAUUCCCUCCAGAACUAAUGAGAAUGGCAGAAAAUCAACCAAAACAAACUCUGUUUUUUCGUGGGGAGCGAGUAACAUGGAUUUCUCCCGUAAGCUUGGUUGAACUGCUGGAUCUGAAAGCUGCCUACCCUAAAGCACCUCUUGUGGUUGGGAACACCAGUGUGGGACCUGACAUGAAAUUCAGAGGUGUGUUCCAUCCAGUCCUUAUUGCUCCUGCAAGGAUCCCAGAUCUGAAUGUGCUGAAAUACACAAAUGAUGGAUUAACUCUGGGAGCUGCCUGCAGCCUCUCUCUGGUGAAAGACAUCUUGACAAAUGCAAUUGCCGAGUUCCCUGAAGAGAAGACGAGGGUUUUCUGUGCUGUCUUACAGCAACUGAGAACUCUGGGCGGAGAACAGAUAAGAAAUGUUGCUUCAUUUGGUGGAAACAUCAUAAGUAGAAAACCAACCUCAGACUUGAAUCCUGUUCUGGCAGCCAGCAACUGCAUGCUCAAUCUGGCUUCAAGAGGACAAAGGCGACAGAUUCUUCUGAGUGAUAUUUUUGCAGAUGGAGUUGGUAACAAUACCAUUACACCAGAAGAGAUCUUAGUCUCUAUCCAUGUUCCCUAUUCUAGGAAGGGGGAGUAUGUCUCUGCAUUUCGACAAGCACCAAGACGGGAAAAUGCUCUUCCAAUAACCAAUGCUGGGAUGAGGGUCCUUUUUGAAGAAGGUACAGACGUUAUAAAGGAGCUGAGCAUUUUCUAUGGAGGUGCUCUCUCAGCAACCGUCUGUGCGAAACAAACCUGUUGCACACUUACUGGAAGACACUGGAAUGAACAGAUGUUGGAUGAAGCAUGCAGACUAGUUCUUAAAGAAAUUACUCUUCCAGGCUCAGCUGGUGAUGAAAAUGUAGACUAUAAGAAAACUUUGAUGGUCAGUUUCUUCUACAGAUUUUUCCUGGAAGUAUCACAGUCAUUGAAGACAAUGAAUCCUUGCCAUUAUCCUGGCAUUCCUGUGGAAUAUGGGAGUGUCCUACAAGAUUUCAAAACCAGAAUGCCCCAGAGCAUCCAAAUAUAUCAAGAUGUAGAGCCGAGCCAGUCUCCCCAGGACCCUGUAGGACGACCCGUUAUGCACCAGUCUGCGAUAAAGCACGCCACUGGUGAAGCAGUCUACAUUGAUGACCUUCCUUCUGUGGAUGGAGAGCUUUUCCUGGCUGCUGUCACUAGUUCCAGAGCUCAUGCAAAGAUUGUAUCUAUAGAUACCUCAGAGGCCCUAAAAGUAGCAGGUGUGUUUGAUGUCAUAACAGCUCAUGAUGUGCCAGCUGCUAAUGAGUUUCAUUUUUCUGAUGAUCCGGAGAUUAUAUUUGCAAGAAAUGAGGUGAUUUGCGUGGGUCAGAUUGUCUGUGCUGUGGUCGCAGAUUCAGAUGUUCAUGCCAAACAAGCAGCUGCAAAAGUGAAGAUAGAGUAUGAAGUGCUGGAACCAGUAAUUUUAACAAUUGAGGAAGCUAUAAAACACAACUCAUUCUUUGAGCCAAAAAGAAAAUUAGAACAAGGAAAUGUUGAUGAGGCAUUUGAAACUGUUGAUAAUAUAGUUGAAGGGGAGAUUUGCAUUGGCGGACAGAAACACUUUUACAUGGAGACUCAGAGUAUGCUUGCUGUUCCAAAAGGAGAGGAUAAAGAAAUGGAUUUGUAUGUGUCAACACAACAUCCAGCAAUUAUUCAGGAGAUGGUAGCUGCGAGUUUAGGUGUUCCAGCCAACAGGAUCAUGUGCCACGUUAAACGAGUUGGUGGAGCUUUUGGUGGGAAAAUCCUGAGAACUGGCUUACUGGCAUCAGUUGCUGCAGUGGCAGCAAACAAAACCAGCAGAGCAGUCCGUCUUAUUCUGAGCCGAGAGGAUGAUAUGGUAAUCCUUGGUGGCCGACAUCCUUUUAUGGCUAAAUAUAAAGUUGGCUUCAUGAAUGAUGGUAGGAUCACAGCUGUGGAUGCCAAAUAUUAUGUUAAUGGAGGAUGUACCCCUGACGAAUCUGUUCUGGUAGCAGAAAUAUCCUUAUUAAAAAUGGACAAUGCAUACAAGAUUCCCAACCUGAGAUGCUGGGCUUAUGUCUGCAAAACAAAUUUGCCGUCAAAUACAGCAUUCCGAGGCUUUGGCUUUCCUCAGUCAGGACUGGUGACAGAAACUUGGAUAACAGACAUUGCAGAUAAAACUGGUUUAUCACCAGAAAAGAUUAGGGAAACAAAUAUGUAUAAGAAGAAUGAACAGACACACUUCAAACAAAAACUUGAUCCACAGAAUUUGAUACGGUGUUGGAACGAAUGUAUGGAGAAAUCUGCAUACUACAGUAGGAGAACAGCUAUCAAUGAAUUUAACAAACAAAAUUACUGGAAGAAAAGAGGGAUUGCCAUUGUACCAAUGAAAUUUCCAUUUGGACUAAGCACACCUUACCUUUCUCAGGGUGCUGCACUGGUUCAUAUUUAUACUGAUGGGUCUGUGCUUCUGACACAUGGUGGAAUUGAAAUGGGGCAGGGUAUUCAUACAAAAAUGAUCCAGAUUGCUAGUCGGGAAUUGAACAUCCCCAUGUCAUGUAUCCACUUCUGUGAAACGAGCACAACAACUGUUCCCAAUGCAUGUGCCUCGGUGGGAUCUGCAGGGACAGAUGUCAAUGGCAUGGCUGUGAAGGAUGCUUGCCAAACUCUUCUGAAACGCCUGCAGCCCAUCAUUGAGAAGAACCCAACAGGGACCUGGAAUGAUUGGAUUAGAGAAGCUUUUAAACAGAGUGUGAGCCUUUCAGCUACUGGCUAUUUUAGAGGUUACAAUGAAUACAUGGACUGGGAGAAAGGGGAAGGACAGCCAUUCACAUAUUUUCUCUUUGGAGCUGCUUGUUCAGAGGUUGAAAUUAACUGUCUAACAGGAGAUCACAAGAACCUCAGAACAGACAUUGUUAUGGACAUUGGAUGCAGCAUAAAUCCAGCUGUGGAUAUAGGACAGAUUGAAGGUGCUUUUGUUCAAGGCGUUGGACUGUACACAAUGGAGGAGUUAAAGUAUUCUUCAGAAGGAGCCCUCUAUACUCGGGGUCCAGAUCAGUAUAAGAUCCCUGCUGUUUGUGAUAUUCCAGAACAGUUCAGUGUUUCCUUGCUGUCACCUUCUCAAAAUCCUUAUGCCAUCUAUGCAUCCAAGGGGAUAGGUGAGGCAGGAUUUUUCUUGGGAUGCUCUGUGUUCUUCGCUUUGAGGGAUGCAGUAACAGGUGUGAGGAAUGAAAGAGGACUGAAAAAGACCUUUGCACUGAACAGCCCCCUGACUGCUGAGCAAAUACGGGCAAACUGCGCUGAUGCCUUUACUCAGAUGGUGCUUUGCCCCACUGACUGCAUGCUGGCACUGUCACUUCAUUCUAGUUCUCCUUGCUAUGCCCAGUACUCUUUGGGAGAAAAAUAAUUAACUCAGAGCUACACAAAGAGAUAGAAGAAAAACAAUCAAGAUGGAAAACAAUGAAGCUUCCUCCUUGGGCCACAUCUGUGUGAAUGACAAACCAUAGUGCACAAGACUGGAAUGGAAAACUGAUUUACUGCCCCAAGACAUACUAAUCAACACACAGAUAAAUGUAUUUUCUCUUUUCCUUAAUAGAAUCAGCUACCAAAAAUAUGCACUUUAUAUCUUACAUUCUUAUCUUCAUUCUUUCUCCAGUGUACUUAUUAGAGUAUUUUGCUUAAAUGACUGCAAUUUAAUUGUCAGAAAUAAAUCCUUUGUAUGUUAACCAUAUGUUUUCAACAAAAAAUAUCUGCUGAUCAGCACAGCUCAAAUGCUGCAGAAGAAGAAAGUUAGAAUGAAGUGUAAAGGUAUGCUAGAUAACUUACUGCCACAUAUUACACUAAACAACUUCAUAUGAUAAAUGAUUUUAUAAUAGCUUCAGCUAAUUUUCUAAUUUAGAUUUGAGUCUUGCAGUGAACUGUGAGUGCAGAGAAUGUUGUCAAAGAAUCAGAACCUUGUUUGUUGGAUUCAGAGCCUUUUUGACCAGAAGUGAUGUUCUGACUUUUAGUAAAGCUGGUUUACAAUCUUUUGGCACAGCUAUUUUUGUGUUAAAAACAUGCAAGAAACAAGAGUUAUGAUUCUCUUUUGCUAUGCUAGGCAAGUGGCCAUGGCUGGUCUAGAUAUAUAGAAUUUUAUCACAAAAGUUGACAGUUGCAAUUUCCACCAGAAGCCUUCUUUAUCUCAUGCAGCAAGCCAAAAGCCUCUGAACAGAAUGGGAAAAUUGACAGAGUUCAGUGUGUUUUGAAUGGGAGAAUGGACGGCAUGUCAGCCUGCAGGCUCUUAUUAUUUCACUGCCUCUGUGUUCCACAAUUUCUCUUGUCUUCCCUCCAUUUGUUAAGCUGACAGUGUAUCUGUGACAGAAAUCAGGUCAGUCACUUUAACAGCUUUUGCAUUGACUAUUAAGAUAUGAAAUCUUUAUUGUUUCAUUUUUUCUCUCUGUAACCAUGAUGAGUUGGUGAAAUGCAGUUGCUAAACAGAGGUGUCUGGACCAUUUUAGAUGUCAUAAGACAGUAGAGACAUGGCACAGGAGAGUACAGGACCGGAAGAUAUACAGUAGCUUGAGACCAGGCAGGCACUAGUAAUUGUAAUCAUUGGAAGUGAUUCUGAAAGUGAUUUAGGCAGCUGAAGCCCUUUUGGGUUUACUUAAGUUUCUUCACUUUCUUUGUAUUAAUUUGGCUUUUAUAUGUUGUUAGAAGUCAAUAAAUUAAAUGUGAAUGCUGCUGCUACAA